AUGGUGCUCAUCUAUGGAGCCGACACGAUCUUCAAUGGAAUUUACGGGGCUAUUAAGGGCGAUCAGAGCGCCGUUGCUACUACCAUGGCACCAACAGCAGAACAAUUCGGCCUGGUUAAUCCAAUGGGUAAUGACCUCAAGGACGGAAAGCCGGCAGCAGAUGACGAGAUUCCUUAUGACGCGUACAACAAUCGUCCAGCGAUGCCUCCGCCGAUGUGGGUUCUCCAGGCCAGACAGAUGGAGCGAGCUCAGGCUAUUCGUCAGUGGAGAUGGCGUCGUCUGCAACAAGCUAUCUAUGAACAGCAAAUGAUGAGAGAGGCAAUGGCGAGAGCCGAAUGGGCACAGGCAGAGCAACAGCAACGAGCAGCCCAGGAAGAACAACUGGCUCGUGCAAUCGCUCAGGCUCGCUGGGAACAAGUGCAACGAGCCCGUGCUAUGGAGGAGUACCAGGCCGAAGUGCUGACCAGACCACAUGACGCGUCACCGGCUCAAAUUCUCUCCAUGCAACAACCGACCGUACCACCUGCACCGGAGAUGGGCAUGCACGACAAAAUCUAUCAGGAGAUGCAGAGAAGGUCCCAGUUCAUGGAGUUCAAUGUCCCUUCAAGACCUAUUUGGACCGCUAUCACACCGACACCGGAAACCCCCGGAAACUAUGACCAUGACGCGAUCUUCCAGGAGAAUCUGAAGAAAAUCAACGAAAUGUCGACGACCACUGCUUCACCGAUGACUACUGUCAAGGUGGCUGAGAUCAAACAGGUUGAAGGCGAAAACAUGUUCCGCGAUAUUCUGUCCGUAUUCGACGAGGCCGAGAAGAAAGUGGAGACCGUUGUAAGUAGGCAGCCUUUCGAAGGUUUC